AUGAAGAAGUUUGGCUUUGGCAAGAAGGGCGGCGACGAUGGGAUCGACUGGGGCUGCUCAAUCGGAGAAUCCUAUGCGAAUGUAACACCAUAUCAGCAGGCCCGAUCCCAGCUCGGUGGUGGUGGCGGUGCGCCAGGCGGUACGCCCGGCGCGGGACAGCAGGAUCCCUCAGGUCGUGCUGGUGGUUACGGCGGAUAUAGUUCCGAAAAGUACGGAUCUGGAGGCGGCUAUGGCUCAAACAGAUACGAGAGCAACGCCGGGCCGGACCGAUAUGGCGCCUCUACCGCCGGUGCUAGAGGCCCCGGUGGCUAUGGAGGCUUUGGACGGAACGACAAGGAAGAGCAAGACAGCAACAGAGAUGCUCUUCUAAGCGGCGCUCAAGAAAGAUAUGCCCAGAAGCAGCAAACAACAACAAGCAGUAGCGGCUAUGGCCAAGGUGACCCGUCUACUGCUUCGCAAGAUAGCUAUGGGGGCUACGGUGACCAGCGAGAAUUGACUGCAGAAGAACAAGACGAAGCCGAAACGCAAGCAAUUCUCUCUGAAAAACGUCAAGUCCAGCAAGAAAGUUCCGCAUCAGUUUCACGCUCAGUGCAGAUGGCGAGACAAGCGAACGACGUUGGCCGCGCUACGCUCGCGCGCCUCGGAGCCCAGGGCGAACGACUACACAACACCGAGAAGAACCUGGACCUUGCUGCCAAUCAGAAUAAGAUUGCGCAAGACAGAGCGGCAGAAUUGAAAACUCUCAACAGAAGCAUGUUUGCAGUUCACGUGUCUAACCCAUUUACGUCCAAGCAACGCCAGCAAAAGGCAGAUGACGAUGUCCUGAACCGUCACCGAUCCGAGCGUGAUCAAAGAGAGACUACUCGCCGUGAGGGUUUCUCCGCGAACCAGCGCAUGGAGUCUAACUUCCGUGACAUCAACACAGCCGGUGUUGCCAGGCCUCAGCAGCGCACCAAGAAAGACUACGGCAAAUUUAACCUGGAAGAUGAAGAAGGGGCUGAUGAGCUUGAGGAUCAGAUCGACGAUGGCAUCACUGAGCUCGAGGGCCAAGUUUCAAUGAUGAACAUGGUCAGCCGUGCGAUUGGAAAGGAAGUCAACUCGCAGAACAAUCAGAUCGACAGAAUUAUGACGAAGAGCGACGCCGUGGAUGAUGCUACUCGCAUGAACCUCAUUCGUUGCACCGGUGUGCCAGAUCUUACUAUGUUGUGCUCCCAGCUCAAGUCCAGCACUGUAUCCUGCUAG